AUGAUGCUACACGAGUGGUCGUCGCCGCCGGUGGCCGCAGCGAAGAAGCCCGACGAGCUCACGGCAACACCGCCAUGUACGGCUGCUCCGCGACGGGGAGCGCGGGAAGGGUGCAGUGCGGAGAAGAAGGAGAAGGAGAAGGGCUCGGAGAAGAAAGCCGCGGCGCCGGAGAAGCAAGCCAAGGCACCACCGGCCGCACCCAUACCUUCGAUGCCCGCUCCAGCACUAGCGCUCAUGUCGCCAGAGCGCCCUCAUGGGGCUACUCGCCAUAGAUUCGAGGACCUGUCAGUGCCGGUGCCGGGUCGCCACCGCCAAGGAACCCCCGACCCCGACCUCACGCCGUUGCGGGCGGAUCUGGCGGCCCCUCACUAG